UGAAAGCCUGGCGUCUCCAUGGAAACGGAAAGCGUGAACGGUCCAAACCUUGAAUGAGCUGCUAAAAUCUGUAUACUAGCACUAAUUUUUCUUUUCUCUCUCUCUCUCUCGCUUUUUUAAAUAAUUUAGUGGUGUAGUUAUAGUUAAUCAGGGUUUUUUUUUUUGUUUUUUUUUAACUUGUAUCCGCUACGCUUUGUAGCAUUGGUUACAUUUUAGGGCGUUUAGGGGGAAAUAAUAUAUUUUAUUUGUUUGUUUUGUUUAUCUACAUGGAUUAUCUUGGGGUAUCUUCCGCGCAGAGCCUGCGGUCUCUGUCUGCCUUGUUGUGCGCUCAGCAGGACGAAGAGGAGGAAGAUGAGGACUGUACAGAUACAAAAGCAUGCGCACAUCUGGGUCCUGGACACAUCGGUCCCCAACCCAAAAAAGAAAAACAAGUGUCGACUGCAUGCAUGAAGAAGAACAGCAAAGAUAUCUGGUGUGAGGAAGAGGUGGCUGAGGGCUCACAGUAUGAUGAUCUGGCUGACCCACGUCCACAACCUGAGUAUGAAAUAAUCCUGAAGCAGAGUGUGGGGACAGAGGAUCUCUUCUUGGGUAUGAGCAGAAAGGACCCGUCCUCCAUGUGCUGUGAAGCCAUGCUGGUGAAAAUCAAACUACCAGACACUAAAGCAACAGAUGUGGUCCUGGAUGUAAAAGAAAAGUUCCUUGAUCUACGGACGCCGAAAUACAAACUGGGGCUCCAUCUCCCUGAUCCGGUGCACAAACAUGAGGGCAAGGCCCAGUUCUUCAGUGAGAGGGAGGAACUGGAGGUGACUCUACUACUGAAGCGACCCAUGGAUUUUAUCAAUAUGCAGUGAAAAAGAUGACAACAGUACACAUGUAUUCAGACAGUUAUGCUUAUACAAACGGACUCAUCAAGGAUUAAAAACAGAAAUGAUCGGCAUAAACUCGACAUUUUUCUGUGAGUUUUAUGAGUUCCUGCUAUUGUUUGUGUCAUCACAGAUUCUACAAGUAUUAAAAUAAGGAUUUCUAGUAAAAUCUUGUCAUCUUUUGAAUUGUUCUGGAAACAAUUCACCAUAACACUACUACCAAAGGUGUAACAUCCAGCAGGGGAGCUGGGCCCCUGCUCUGCAUUACACUUGUCAUAGUUCUGGGUCCUUUUUUUUGUGUGCUUACUUUUUGUAUUGUGUUUAGUUUAUUUUCCUGGAAUCUUGUGUCGUGUUUCCAUUUUGUCACAUUUUGGGUUCAUCUGUGUGUCGAGUCCGCAUGGGUAUCAUGUUUGUCUGACUUCCUGUUUUAUUUUGAUAGUCUUCUGGUCCCUGUGCAUUGUGCUCUGCUUUGCUUUGUCAUCAGUGUUAUUUGGUUCACCUGUGUUCCGAGCUGUUUCCACUGAUCUCAUCAGCCCUCUUGUAUUCAAGUCCUGUGUGUCCUCUGCUUGUUGUCAUGUCCUCAUUGAUUUCUCUGUGCUGUGUGCCUUCAGUACAAGUACUGUUCUCAAGUGUGUUUUCUAGUUUAUUCUGCUGGCUCUGGUUCUGUCUUGUGUUCCAGCAGUAAAGCUGAGUUUUUUGAGUUUACACACUGCCUCUCGAGUCCUGUGUUGGGGUCCUAAAUCCUGCCUGUCACAGCGGUACAUGACAACACUGGGUGCUCAUAUUCACAAGAUUGCAGUAAAAUGGACACAUUAAAAAAGUUUCACUAUAUACUUAAGUCAUGAUUCUAUUUUGUGGACCUAAGCCUAACCAGUUUUAAGCAGUAUACAUUUUCCUAACGAACUGAAUAUAGCUGCAAAUAUUUACUCAGGUCAACUGUGCAACAAUUUGUUUUUCAAACAAGAGAAAGAAGUGAAGAGAGCAGGGUGAGUAUAACACCAGGACUGUGGAUUUGAGCAGUGUUGUCGGUGACUUUGCUGAGCACAAGACCUGAAAUAUUACAUUCCGAUGGGUGGGUAGUUUGUGUUUUUGUAGAGGACUGAAACAGUAUUACCACUCAUACUGUAAUAUGUGUGUGUGAUAUAUUGUGAAGCUGGUGCAUUGGAAAUGAUUGCUGAAUAAGGAAUUCGAUAAAUGAGUGUGCAUGUGAUACGGUGACCCCUGCAGUCAGUCUGUGAGUCCUUGUGGUUAGUGGGCUUCUCUCUUUUGUUCCUUUCUCACAGAUAUAACAGCUGCUUAUAUGUCCAAAUC